AGAACAGAGAUAAUAGGGACGAAGAGGCAUAACAUCAACAGCAUACGUGAUUACAGGAAUGAAUGGACCAGGAAUCUCGGAAAGUUCACAAAACAUUUGGUUAACACAGGACUUCCUGUUCUACAGAGAUGCUUCUCAUUGGGAAAAUAUAAGUGCAUUCUAAGUUUGUUAAUUCUUGAAUAUCAUGAUUUUUAAAAUGACUAACCUGUGUAUAAAUACGUUACUAACUUUUAGUGCAUGUGUACUCUGAAGCGAGUCCAACAUAGACAUCGAGAGUUCAGCUUAUUGUAUAAAAAUGGAUUCAGAAGAGGAGCCCGUUGCUAGUAAAGACUCCGAAUGAACCGAAUAAUCGUGAAGACGGUGAAAAGAAAUAUCAAAAUGGUGACUUAAAAGCUAAGAAGUACGAUCCUGUGAAUUUCGCCGAAGCUAGUAUAGAGACCACCAUUGACCAAAACGAAGAACUAGAGACAGAUUUUGCAUUCUUUCAAGCACCAAGAUCAAAGAAAAUUCUUUUGCUUUCGUUGGGAAUGGUGAAUUUUUGUGCUAUGGCAUGCUUUUCACUUCUUUCACCUUUCUACCCUAAAGAGGCCGCAAAUAAGGGUGUGACACAGACUGUGACUGGCUUAGUGUUCGGCUCGUUUGAGUUUACGAUCUUCCUUACAUCACCGAUCUACGGAAAUUUCAUAACGAAGAUUGGCUCCAAAUUUAUGUUCAUCUCUGGUAUAGGUGUUUGUGGCGUAUGUACAAUUCUGUUCGGAUUUUUGGAUACUGUCCCUGACGAGACAACCUUCGUGGUGUUGUGUUUCCUGACUCGCGGUAUCGAGGCCCUGGGAGCGUCCGCUUACAUCACAGCAAGCUUCGCUAUCAUAUCUCAUGCGUACCCAAAGCACGUGUCCACUGUCAUAGGUAUUUUGGAGACAUUUAGUGGAGUAGGUAUGAUGGUUGGUCCCGCCAUAGGCAGUGCUUUAUACGUGGCAGGCGGUUUUGGUAUGCCGUUUUAUGUUCUUGGUGGAGUUUUGAUCGCGUGUGGAAUGCUAUGCCCACUUGUGAUGCCUAAGAUUGAAGACAAAAAACAGACACUAUCUAAGUCUAUAUUCUAUCUGCUGAGGAGUCCCUUGUGUGUCGUCAUCUGCUUCAUCACAGUCUGUGGGACGUUUGGUUUGGGGUUCUUGGAACCUGUACUAGCUGAUCGACUGGAGGAGCUUAACCUGUCGACGAUUCUGAUAGGAAUCAUGUUCCUGAUCAACUCCGCCACUUACGCCCUUGGGGCCCCGAUCUGGGGCUGGAUCGGUGACACAAAGGGAAUCUUAAAAAGUCUUAUCAUUUUCGGAAACAUAUCAACUGGGUUUGGCUACAUGUUGCUGGGACCUGCGCCAUUCCUGACCUUUUACCCAUUCGAAGUGUGGUCCCAGAUACUGGCUCUAGUUCUCUUGGGCGUUUUGUGUGGAGCCGCUAUCAUCCCAACCUACAAUGCUUUGUUUGAGGGAGCCGUCAAACAACUUGGAAUGGAUGAUGAUUUUGAAACUCACGGACUUAUUUCUGGCCUCUACAAUUCAUGUUGGUCUCUCGGAGCUUUUAUCGGACCGAUGGCUGCCGGUGCCUUGGUCCAGGAGUUCGAGUUCGCUUGGUCAUGUACUGCAUGUGGUGGACUGUUCAUAUUUGCUGGUCUUGUGGUGUUAGUAUAUGCUAUCCUGGAGAGAUACACGCUUCUUUGUCCAAUCAAACCUCAAAAGACAGGCUACGAAAAGAUUAUUGACGAAACUCUUUGUGAAAGUGCUCAAGUGUGAAUUUCCAUACAGUGUAACUCGGACGACGGCUUUUCCACAGAGACGAUGUUGUGUCAAAUUGGAGAUGGGAUGGAGACAGACACUUAUAAUCUUGUCGAGAUAAAAAUCCAGCAAUACUGAACGUAGCUUUCUCAACUACCUCAUUGAGAUUAUAUUUUCUAUGAUUUCGUUUCAUUUAGUUGUACAGAAAUAAUGUAUGUAAUACACAAUUGUCAUAGAUCCUCAUGUUAGUGUUCACCGUUAUGUUAUUUACCACCAUUACCCCAGACUCAUUCGGCUAACUUCGGCUAAUUCCGGCACUUGUCAUCACAAUCGCACCAUCUCGGUUUCCCCCAAGAUGUUGCGAUGGUACGGAAUCUACCGAGGUGUGACGAGUUGCCUAGUCUAGGUUAGGCAACGGGAUAUUACGCUAGCUGUUUUAAAGACGCCUCCAUCAAACGAAGCAAAGAGUUCAGUAACACUUGAAUACACACAGCCAAAAACUACAUCGUUUCAUAUUGGAAUACCAUUUAAAAUGACAAAACAUUCCCCAACAGACAGUUGUGUAUGACUGUUUGUACAAAAUAUUUCAGCUUUACUAUAUCGAGGUUUUGCCAUUUAAAGAUAAUCAUUAAACGUCCAUUACGGAACCAUCAGAGAUGACAACUAAGAGAUGGCUUUAGGAAUCAGUUUAACAUCUGUUAUAUGGAUAAAGGUUUCCAUGUUAAUAUUCAAACAUAACUUUAAACAGGAGAAUAGAAGACAUAAAUUUUCUGCGGAGAUAAAACUUUUCUUUAUAAUUGAUCAAAAAUAUAUAAAUAUUGGAAUACAAGAAUCUUCUAAGGGAUGAUAAAAUAACUAACAGCGACAGGCUAUGGCCCUUCAAUUACAACGAAUAGUCAAGGUACUGUUUCAAAUAUUUUAAUAAUAUUAACUCAAAAGCAAAACGACCCGUAAAUUAAUUAUCUCAAUUAUAAAAACAAUUCUGUAGCUAUUGUUCUUAUUAUUGUUACACAAACGAGAUCCGAACAAGGCGCACACAUGUCAUGUGUACUGAUCUGAAUGAUUACAUCACAAUGUAACAAAUGAUAUUUAACGUUAUGUGCAAUAUGUAUGUGCAUAUUUUACGUUAUUUAUUUGAUAAAACUGUGCAAUACCUG